UGUGUCUCAGUUUUUCCAGCAGUAAAAUGAGGGCAUCUGCUAGACUCUAAUCAUGUAAAGACCUUUCUAUCAGGACCUAUAAAGCUUGGAUCUCUUCCUACACCAGGAGGCAAGUCUUAAAGGCAAGAUUGUUUUUUGUUUUUUCCUUCCUAUUCAGAUCCGCUAACAGCCAGCAUCCUCAGUGGAGCAGCUCAGUAUCCUGGGAGAGGAGGGGAAUCACUUCAGGGGAUCCGGGCCUCGCCGGGGAAGUUAGGGCGCCCAGGGCUUCCCCAGCUGGGGCUCCAGACAGUGCCCAGGCGCAGCGGGACCUCGCCGCCAGCUCGGAGCCGCGCCCGCUGCGCUUCCUUCUAGCCUCGCCCUCCCCGCGCUGUGGCCUGAGGCUUCGGGAGCGGCCGCUGACAGCCGGGGACGCCCUCCGGCUAAGUGCUCCCCGCCCCCUGCCCCCCAGGCCCUGCCGGGGAGCCUCCUCCCCGCAGAGCAGCCAGAGCGCAGGGCCCUGCUCCCACCUCUCAGCAGCCGCAGGUGCCAGCCCAGCUCCGCCUGCGCUCACUCCAGCCGCCUUGCGCCCUGCAGAUAGGUUCCUGGACAUUUUUGAGUGAAGAUGAGUGUUUCUGCCAGGAUAAUGUAACUGGGGGACCCAGGUCUGGGCAGAGUCAACCAUGGGAGCCAACACUUCAAGCAAGCCCCCAGUGUUUGAUGAAAAUGAGGAUGUCAAUUUUGACCACUUUGAAAUUUUGCGAGCCAUUGGGAAAGGCAGUUUUGGGAAGGUCUGCAUUGUACAGAAGAAUGACACUAAGAAAAUGUAUGCCAUGAAGUACAUGAACAAACAAAAAUGUGUGGAGCGAAAUGAAGUAAGAAAUGUCUUCAAGGAGCUUCAGAUCAUGCAGGGCCUGGAGCAUCCUUUCUUGGUCAAUUUGUGGUACUCCUUCCAAGAUGAGGAAGACAUGUUCAUGGUGGUGGACCUCCUGCUAGGUGGUGACCUGCGCUAUCAUCUGCAGCAGAAUGUCCGAUUCCAGGAAGACACUGUGAAGCUCUUCAUCUGUGAGCUGGCCAUGGCCCUGGAUUACCUACAGAGCCAGCGCAUAAUUCACAGGGACAUGAAGCCUGACAAUAUAUUGCUUGAUGAACAUGGGCAUGUACACAUCACUGACUUCAACAUUGCUGCCAUGUUGCCCAAGGAUAUGCAGAUCACCACUAUGGCUGGCACCAAGCCUUACAUGGCUCCUGAGAUGUUCAGCUCCAGAAGAGAGAUGGGCUACUCCUUUGCAGUUGACUGGUGGUCCCUGGGAGUGACAGCAUAUGAGCUGCUGAGAGGACGGAGGCCAUAUCACAUUCGCUCCAGUACUUCCAGCAAGGAAAUCGUGCAUAUGUUUGAGACAGCCAUCGUGUCUUACCCUUCUGCCUGGUCACAGGAAAUGGUCUCACUUCUUAAAAAGCUGCUGGAACCUAAUCCAGACCAACGGUUUUCUCACUUGUCCGAUGUUCAGAACUUCCCCUACCUGAGUGAUAUGGACUGGGACGCGGUUUUGCGGAAGAGGCUCAUUCCAGGUUUCAUUCCUAAUAAAGGCAGGUUGAACUGUGACCCCACUUUUGAACUUGAAGAAAUGAUUUUGGAGUCCAAACCACUUCACAAGAAAAAGAAGCGUCUGGCAAAGAAAGAGAAGGAGAUGAAGAAAACUUCUUCUUCUCAGAUGUGCCUUCUUCAAGAGCAUCUAGAAUCAGUCCAGAAGGAAUUCAUAAUUUUCAACAGAGAAAAAGUACAGAGGGACUUUAAUAAAAGACAAGCAAGUGUAUCCUUGGAACAAACCAAAGACCCCCAAGAAGAGGAUGGGCAGAAUAACAACCUGUGAAAUCCUCAGCCUCUUUUUGGGACAUGUCUCUGCACUUCAGGCAAAAAUUCCUGACCUCCACGUGAGGAAGAGUUGACAGUAGUUUUCACCUCUCCUUUUUCUCACACACCUUAGAAAACGUGAACAAGCACUUCCGGGAGGAAACAGCAUGAUAGAGAGAAGAGAGUCUUCUGGCUCCUGCCAUCUAUGUAGAUUCACCAACAAGUGUGACCUCCAGCAAGUCAGCUAACUGACCAUUUUGCUUCAGCUUAGCCAUCUAAAAUGAGAAGAUUACAAAUGCUCUACUUUGCCUUUUUUUUUUUUUUUUACUGCUACUGUUCUAUUAUUCUAAAUGGCCUUUGUUUUAUUUCCAAAGAACUAUUUGGAUGUAGAUUUAUUUUUCCACUUCUUCCAUUUACACUGUGACAUAGUGUGAAGAGCUUCAGAACUAGAAAAUGCCAUAGAUAUCUGAAUCACCAAAUCCACUUGUCUGAGGAUGACGAAUCCAAGCAGAAAGAAAUGAAUCAGAGCCCAAUUAGAAGUAACAUAGUUGGGGGUCAGGCAGUAGCGCAGAGGAUUUAACGCACAUGGCGCAAAGCACAAGGACCAGAAUAAGGAUACCGGUUCAAGACCUUGCUCCCCACCUGCAGGGGGGGUCACCUCACAAGCAGUGAAGCAGGUCUGCAGGUGUCUAUCCUUCUCUUCCUACUCUGUCUUUCCCUCCUAUCUUGAUUUCUCUCUGUCCUAUCCAACAACGACAUCAAUAACAAUAAUAAUAACCACAACAGUGAUAAAACAACAGGGACAACAAAAGGGAAAAUAAAUAAAUAUUUUUUAAAAAAAGAAGUAAUACAGUUGAUAGAGCCUGUCUAGAGGUGUCCUGGACUCAGUAUAUCAUGCCAGCUCCUAUCAGCUACCAAGAGCUUUUCCCAAGGGUCUGUGGUGAAGUGAAUCUGUGAUCAUGGAACUAAUCACACCAUGGAAGUUGGCAAAAGUUGUAAAUCAGAGAUUUUCUUUUCCUCUUGAAGGAGGGCAUUCAUGAAGAUCAACACACCACUAGCCUUCUAGUAAAUUUCUUCCUUUUAAUGUUUCUAGAGAACAGAAUAUUGCCAUAUUGCAGUCCAGCAUGGUUGCAGCUCACACAGAGGUGAUAGUGUUAAGUUAGAAUGUGAGGUGAAGACAGAAAAAUGUCCUCUUCAAAAAAAUCUUUUAAAUUACUAAGAAGCUAAGUAGCCUUUCUUUCCUAGUGACAUCCUGCCCAUAAGUCACCGUUCAGUAAUGAAGCAAGCCACCGUUUGUCUUGAUGUUGCCUUUUACUUCUUUCCCUUACCCAUUUUCAUGUUGGAUAAUAUCAGAGGAACUAAAAUGCUGACUAAGUUAUGAAUGUCUUUGUAGACUAGAAUUACACUGACAAUUAUGAGAUGCCAAUAUAUGUGAAAGCUGAGAGGGCUAAAAGGUCACAGAGACUGAGCAAGGGAGCAGUGACAUUGUGCUCCCCCAUAUGGUGGGUGGGCAGAAUUGUCUGUUUUAUAUUUUGUGAUGUCUUUUUAUUUUAUUUUAUUUUAUUUUAUUUUAUUUUAUUUUAUUUUAUUUUAUUUAUUGCAGAAUGGUCACUUUUUCAUUGAGAUAAAGACAGAGAGACAGAAGAGGGGAGAGACACCGCAGCACCACAGCAUCCUUGGUGCCCAUGGCAUGUCUGGUUAAGCCUGGAAAGUGCACAAAGCAAAGUAAACAGCCUAUUAGAUGAGCUCUCUCAAAGUAAAUAGCCUAUCAGAUGAGCUCUCUCUUGCUUGAUGCCUUCUUUUUUAUUGCCACCAAGUUAUUUCUGGGGUUAAUGCUUGCAGUAUGAAUCCACCAUUCCCAGCAUACACUUUUUUAUCUUUUUGUUUUUUCUUACUUGAUAGGAUAGAGAAAAGUUGAGAGGGUGGGGAGAUAGGGUGAGAGAGUGACAUCUGUAGCCCUGCUUCCACCCUGCAGGUGGAGACUGAGGUUUGAACUCAGGUCCUUGCACAUGGUGAUGCAUAUACUUAAGCAGGUGUGCCACCCAGCCAAGUCUCACUUUUUAUUUAUGUGUUUAUUUGCCAAACACAAAGCUAAAUUUUCCUAAGCAAGGAGUGCAUAGGCUAUCUGACACAGCAGACCUUUGGAGAGGAACUGUUUUUGACAGCCCACAGGUACCAGGGUGGGUAGAGAUAAAAGGUGGUUUACAUGUUUGGUAGGGGAUAGUUACAAUCUCUUGGCUACUGAGAUCCCCUGAACCUUGCCUUUACAUUGGAAGAAUAUGGAUCUACCAUAUUCAAGUAAGCUGGCAAUAGAGCAGAAGCAAAAGUUAUGGGUGUCUGUGACACAGGACUUUUCUAGGAGGGAAGGUCACACAGUCAAAUAGGCCUGGGCAAAAAGUUAGAGCUGAGUAUGUACUUGACAUUUAGGGUGUAAUAAAUACAUCCAGACUUCCUGGAAGUUCUGGGGAAUAGUGCCUCUCUACUUUAAGAACAGCCACAGUUUUUCUUAAGAAUUAAAAGCUAAUUUUAGUUUGGUUGUUUGUUUCCUUUUCUGUAUGUUUUCCACGUUUUUUUUUUGUUGUUUUUUGUUUGUUUGUUUGUCUAUCCUAGUUUGCUUUUCUCCAAAUGCUGAAAGCUCUUACCACUUAUCCUAAUUCGAAGUCACACAGAGGAAGGUGGAUUGUAAAGAGCAACAGCAAAUUACCAGACUCUGCUCUAGGUAUCUAGGAACCAGGAGUGUCUGGGGCUGCCUGCAUGCUUUGCAUCACUCAUCAUUCCUGAUUUCAGCUCUGGUGUGCUGUGAACUUGCUGUCCCCUGGUUGCUCUUGCUGUGGUCCCAUGUACCAUCCUCAAGGAGAGACACUGUGAAAUUCUUACUAAGUGGCAUGGAUGGGAACUAAUUAUAUGCCACUUUCUAUUCAUCCAAUUUAUAAUGCAAUAGGUACCUUCUGGAAUCUCUGUGGUUUGAAUCUCUAGCUGUUUUUUUUUUUUUUUAUGUGUGUGUGUGUGUGUGUGUGUGUGUGUGUCCAGAUUGCUGCCUGCAUGCUUGAAGACCUCUGUGGACUUUAGAAACCUUAGACUCACCAACUAGACAACACAACACCACCCUCACAACAAGAUGGCAGUUAGAAAAAAAAAACAUUGAAUCUAUCAGCACAUCAUAACCUAUCAGAACCACCCCCACCACCAUCCAUUUUAAACAUUUAAAAAAACUCCCCAAAUGGAAAUAUUUGUGUGAAUCUGUGCCACUGACAGCUAGUUGUUCAAACCAGACCCUCUGAUUUUAUUUCGUAACUAAGGCUUUGCUGCUCUCUUCUGUGUAGAACAUAUUUCAUCUGGGUUUAUGAACAGUCAAGCCUAGGGACUAAGCAUUUGAGAAAACAGGAUGACCAAUGCAUCCUGUUGUUUGGUGUUCCCGGAAUCCUCUCCUCUCAGCAGAAUCCUCCCUUGUUUGUAGCUCAUCCUGGCUAUGACACUCCUGCACUCACACCUAUCUAGUCGCUGUAAGCUCUUAUGAAUGACAGGGCAGCCAAACCCUGCCUCAUUGGCCAUGGCCUGAACUCCCUGGAAGGAAAUAUUUGGCUCAUGGAUAGCAUUCUGUUCAGCUGCUAACUGGUUCUGGCUGCAGUUAGCACCAAAGCCGGAAUGCCAGGCAGCACAGAGCAUGGCUAAGUUCACUGGGGUCAUUUAAAUAACUCCUGAUUAGGCUGCUUCACCUAGGGAUUUUCUAACCAGACAUGACCAUACUCUUCAUCAUCAUAGUCACCCUUCAGACUGGCAAGAAAGCCAUUAGGAAGACAGAAUGGAGACUGGGUUAGCAGGGGCCCAGUCUCCUGCUAGCUAUUUGCUAUCUCUGUGACUGAUACAGUCAUGCAAAGACCUGAAUCCUUCAAAAGCUGAAAUAGCAGGCAUGUGACAUGGAGUUUGUGCCGGUCAGUGGUCCUGGAAGUCUGUCCACACAAAAUGUUGUUUCCCUCUCCAUCUGCCCUGUGAUCAAUGUUACUCACAAGCUCCAUGUGUCUGACUGAUAUUUAAACAUUGGUGUUGAGAAUCCAGACCUUGGUUACCUGCUCUGUUAUAAGCAAGCAGCCCAGAGAUGGGAAAGGUGUGCUUCUAUCAAGCUACAACUUAUGUAAUGUUCAUGUGCCUGUGCUUAUUAAAGUGUUGUCUUACACAUUGA